GCAGCCUCGCCCAGAUAACCACAGCUGAGCACAGAUCGACGUAGUUGCACCUCCCAACGCAACGCACCGUCGUCGUCGUCGUCGUCAAUCAUGGCGCUAGCACCUAGCCAUGCCCAUGCAUCACUUGCCGUCGCUCCAUUCACAGUACUUUGCACCUUCCUUGCCCUUGUUGCCUUAUUGUUUCUGCAUCGAUAUCGUCGAAGCAACGCAAGGCCGUCGAAGAAAACACGGCAGCUGCCGCCAGGCCCGGCCGGGUUGCCGAUCAUCGGCAGCCUGCACUGCCUGGUGUCGAAAAAGCCGGUGUUUCGGUGGGUUCACGGCCUUCUCAAGGACAUGAACACCAAGAUCCUAUGCCUCCGCUUCGGGGCCGUGCACGUCGUGGUAGUCGCCUGCCCGGAGAUAGCCCGCGAGGUUCUCAGGACGAACGACGCCGCCCUGGCGUCUCGCCCGGAGACAGACGCCUGCGAGCUGUUCAGCCUCGGGUACAAGGGCGCCAUCCUGUCGCCCUACGGGGAGCAGUGGAGGAAGAUGCGGCGGGUCCUCACCUCCGAGAUCCUGUCCGCGUCGAUGGAGCAGCGGCAGCAGCGGCGGCGAGCGCAGGAGGCCGACUACCUCGUCGCUUCCCUGUACAGCCAGUGCUGCAGCAGCGCCAGCGCAGCCGCAUCGUCGGCUGCUAGCUCCGCCGUCGUCGACAUACGCCAUGUAGCCCGCCACUUCUCCUGCAACAUGAUCCGGAGCCUCGUGUUCGGCAAGCGGCACUUCGGCGCCGGCGCCGGCCCGGGUCCUGAGGAGGUGGCGCACGUGGACACGCUCUUCGCGCUGCUCAACUACAUAUACAUCUUCUCCGUCUCGGAUUACGUCCCCGCUGCGUGGAGGUGGAUGGUUGCUGGCCUCGACCUUGGCGGUGACAGGGAGGCUGGCAGGAGCGUGAUGAGGACUCUGAGCAGGCUGCAUGAUCCCAUCAUACGGGAGAGGAUCCGUGAGUGGGACGGCCUUCGCGAACGCGGCGAGAAGAGAGAGGUCAGGGAUUUCCUUGACGCGCUCGUCUCUCUCGUGGAUUCGCAGGGGCGGCCUUUCUUGUCGUUCGACGAGAUAAAAGCGCAGACAGCGGAGAUGAUGUUUGCAACCAUUGACAACCCAUCGAACGCGGUGGAGUGGGCGCUGGCGGAGAUGAUGAACAGGCCGGAGGUGAUGAAGAAAGCAAUGGAGGAGCUGGACGCGGUGGUCGGCAAGGACAGGCUGGUGCAGGAGUCGGACAUCCCGGGCCUCAACUACCUGAAGGCGUGCGUGCGGGAGGCCUUCCGGCUGCACCCGUACCACGCUCUGAACCUGCCGCACGUCGCCAUGGAAGACACCGUGGUCUCCGGCUACCUGGUCCCCAAGGGCAGCCACGUGCUGCUGAGCCGGCUGGCGCUUGGGCGGAACCCCGACGUCUGGGACGAGCCUCUCCAGUUCCGGCCGGAGCGACAUCUGGUGAACGACGGCGACGUGGUUCUCACGGAGCCGGACCUUCGGUUCAUCUCGUUCAGCGCGGGCAGGAGGGGGUGCCCGGGGGUGUCACUCGGCAGCUCCAUUACGAUGAUGCUGUUCGCAAGGCUCCUCCAAGGGUUCGCGUGGAGCAAGCCUCCUGGCGUCCGUGCGAUCAGGCUCGAGGAAUCCAGCGCAAGCCUAGCACUGGCUGAGCCGCUCCUCUUACAAGCUCAGCCUCGUUUGCCGGUGCAUCUCUAUGCGGCGUCCGGUUAAUUAUUAUUAGCUUAUAUAUAUAUGAUAUCAAGGCUUUUUAUUACGUUUUAAUUUGGUUUAAGUAGUUGAUAUAUGUAAUAAGCUAAGCGGCCAUGGCGAGGCCAGCUGAUUCUCCCGACGACGUUUGUUUGUAUAUUUUACAAAAACUCCUGAAUAAGUCAUGAAGAUAUAUUUAUGUGA